CGAAUUGUUUGGGUGGCCUUGAACAAUUGUCUAGUAUCUUGCAAAAGAACGUUCUGUGAUCGACGAUGUACUUGCCGCUGCCUGCUAAUUUCCAAAAGUCGUAUAUCGACCGAGAUUCAUACCCGCGCAAUCUGAUCCGGAGAACCGUGAGCACGUAUCCGAGUGCAUUGACAGCAUAUGCGACAAGGCUGGAUUUCGCGACUCCAAACCUGUUCGAAACGGACAUCAAGAGAUUGGAAGUGCCGAUUCGGGAUCUAAAAACCGACGACGGCAAUGGAGAAGAUUUGGAUAAACUAAACAUCCAAUCGCCGGAUGAGCUCACAAAAUGGUUUGGCGUGAAGGUAGUCCACGAUCCCAAUGAUCCCCAGAAUCCAGUGGUUGCUGUACAGCGGAAAGAUCCAAAAUGCCGAUUUGUAUACAUCUACGGCGCAAACUCACGAGCUCGUCUGGGAAUCACUCGUUCGAUGCUGCUGGAGCUCUUCACGUUCCACCAAGUGAUGCCAGAUUAUUUGGACUUCAUAUCGGUCUUCGGUCUCCAGAGCGAGGCGCGAGAUCUAAGAUUCAGCAGCUUUCGCGAGCAGAAGAACCUCAAAUUGCAGCACGGAAGCUCUGGAAUCGAUAGUUUGGGUCGAUCAGGGAAGCAUUAUCAGCUAUGUUACAACCUGAAGGGUGUUACUUUCAAGUUCGAAGAUCCCAAGGACCACAGCAAGAACCAAUGGUCAAUAAGGCAGGCCGCGUUUUAUCACCAACUUGAUGUUGUCGGAGGCAACGCGCUCUGGAUUGUGACGAAAGGCGGCUUGGAUAUUCAGCAGCGUUUCAAAGAACUGACGGGAAACGGUGCGAGGCCCGAGGAUAAAGCCUUUGGAACACCGGACGAAUGCUUUCGGUCGAGUCUGUCGGCUCAUUUGCUUUUCUGUCACUGGUCGACCGAAGAUUGGCGAGGGUAUAUAAAGUGGUUGGAAUAUACUAUUGAAAAGGAUACGGAAAUGGCGGUCUUGGGUCCAACCGGUAAAGGGCAUCAUCACCACAUUUACACUGCAAGAGAUAUCCAGCACCUACAGCGAUGGGCCGAGAAGGUUCGAGAGGUAACCUCCGUCCUCAAGGCAAACGUGGAUGUGAUGACCUCGCUUCGGCGAUUCUACACCGAUCUUCGAGACAACGAAGAGUUUCCCAUGAGAGGGUCCUGCAGUGAUGAUAUUGGUGUCUUUGCCAGCCAGCUGGGCAAUCUGAUAGACGACUUCAGACUGCAAAUCGACCGUGCAGAUGCACUUGUCAGAAUCACGACUGACAGAAUGGAACUGGUGAAACAGCAUCGACUUGAAAGGCUAAACAUGAACAUGGAGAAUGAGGCCAUCAUAGUGCGGAUCAUCACGAUUGUGACUCUGAUUUAUCUCCCUGCAACCUUUGUGUCGACGUUCUUCAGUACAGAUAUUGUCAAGUAUCAAGGUCAGGGACAAGAAAAGGGUAGCUUUUCGAAUGUGGCGAUGGUGAGAUGGGUGCAGGUCACCCUACCGCUGACAGUGUUGACGAUUGUAUUUGCGUACAUUUGGAAGAGUUUGGCGGAGAGGAGAUCACAACGUGAGGUUCUGCCGAUGGAUGCAGAAGACCUGCAUCGGCCACUGUGGAUGUCGGACAAAUGGAAAUGGCGUCCUAGAGCAAGAAAGGCAUCGUCUUCUGUGGAAAGUAAGGUGUGAAAGUAGUGGGCAUUAUCUUGAAUUUUUAGGAGGGAGACAUCUUGGAGGUUGAGGCUAGAUGAAGCGUCCAAGAAGACCGGCUGCAACUGGACGAGUUGAUGCCAAACUGGGGCAGGUUGCUAAGAAGAGAUUUGCGUAGGUAGGGACAGUGGAUCAAAAGAGGCGGACUUCAGCACAAACUGUUACCAGCGUAGUAACAGAAAGCCAUAAACAUAGCCACGUAAAUAUCUACUUAGUUUAUGGGUAUCGGU